GAACUCGCAGCGGCCCCCUAUACGCGUCUUGCGGAAACGCGCGCGCACGGCCAGUAGACGAGCUAGUAUGGCGAGGCCGCACGCCGUGGUGGUGCCGCACCCGAGCUCCGGCAACAUCAACCCAGCAUUGCAGCUGGCCAAGCUGCUGCACCGCCACGGCUUCUACAUCACCUUCGUCAACACCGAGGACAACCACCGCCGCGUGCAGGCCACGGAGGGCGCAGCUGCCGUGCUCGGCCGCGACGGGUUCCGGUUCGAGGCCAUCCCGGACGGUCUGGUCGAGGCUCACCGGUACACGGGGAACUACGACCUCGCCCUGUCCAUGGCCACCAGCACCCACUGCGCGGCGCCGCUGAGGGAGCUCCUCCGGCGGCUGAACGCCACGCCGGGCGUGCCACCCGUGACAUGCCUGCUACCAACCUCGCUGAUGAGCUUCGCACUGGGCGUGGCGCGGGAGCUGGGCAUCCCGACCAUGGUGCUGUGGGGGUGCAGCGCUGCCGCGCUGAUGGGCCAGAUGAGGCUACGGGAGCUCCAGGAAAGAGGUUACCUCCCACUCAAAGACAAUAGCUGCCUGACGAACGGCCACCUUGAGAAGACGGUCAUCGACUGGAUUCCCGGCAUGCCGCCGACCAGCCUCGGCGACAUCUCCAGCUUCGUCCGCACCACCGACCCUGACGACGCCAGCUUGCGAUUCAACAUCGUGGAGGCCGAAGGCUGCACCAAGGCCGGAGCGCUCAUCAUCAACACCUUCGACGACCUCGAGGCCGACGUCCUCGACGCACUCCGCGCCGAGUACCCGCGCAUCUACACCAUCGGCCCGCUUGGAGACCAACUCAGGGACGACAAUGCUGCAGCCGAGGACAACUCCAAUUCCACCAACGGAGGCUUGAGCCUCUGGAAACAGGACACAGAGUGCCUCGCGUGGCUAGACACGCAAGCAAAAAGCUCUGUCGUGUAUGCCAACUUCGGCAGCCUCACGUUCCUCACGGCCGAUCAGCUCGCCGAGUUCGCGUGGGGCCUCGCUGCCAGCGGCCACCCGUUCCUCUGGUCCAUAAGGGACAACCUCGUCCCAGGCGCCAGCGCCGGCCUGACUGUGCUGCCACCGGAAUUCGUCGCAGCAACGGCAGGGCGGUGCUGCCUCACCACGUGGUGCCCGCAGGAGCAGGUGCUGCGGCACCCGGCCGUGGGAUGCUUCCUGACGCACAACGGGUGGAACUCCACCUGCCAGAGCGUGGCGGCCGGCGUGCCGAUGGUCUGCUGGCCGGGGUUCGCCGACCAGUACACCAACUGCAGGUACGCCUGCGAGGUGUGGGGCAUGGGCCUCCGGCUUGACGACGAUGUAAGGCGGGAGCAGGUCGCCGGACACGUUAGUCAGGCGAUGAGGUCGGGGGAAAUGCGGAGGAGUGCAGCGGCGUGGAAAGCCAAGGCGGAGGAUGCCACUGCCCCCGGUGGCGGUGGGUCUUCGUAUGAGAACUUGCAGAGCAUGGUGACAGCGCUCGGCUCUGUCAGCUCUUAAUUAACCUGCCUAAUUACAAGAUAACACUUUACAUUACUUUGCAAUUUCUUUUAGCUAGAUUACUUUUGUCAGAAUAAAUUUGCCACGAAGGAACCAUAAGAAAAUCCUAAUCUUCAG